CCCACCCACAUAGCUUACACACAUACCUGUGUGCACCUGUACGCAGACCGUAUCAGCACAAACACAGCUGGAAGAUUUCAGAAUCAUAAUGCUCUCAGAAUAGAAGCAGAUUCACAGAGGAAGCCGGAAACAAGACAAAAUUUGAUCUUCGAGACGCCGCUCAAAAUGGCAGAGUCUGCCAACCUGCUGAUGUUCUCCGAGCAGGAGCUGACCUGCUCCAUCUGCCUGGACCUGUUCAGCGACCCCGUGUCCACGCCGUGCGGACACAACUUCUGCCAACGCUGCAUCGGGAGCUACUGGGCCACCAGCGCUGCCUGCAGCUGCCCGCUGUGCAAGCGGCAAUUCAACGAGCGGCCGGAGCUGAGCGUGAACAAGGUCUUCGCCAUGAUCGCCGACAAGUAUAAAGAGUCCCGCUACGGGGCCGUGGCCCCGGACCCCGAGAAGGCGGGCGACGGGGUGGCGGCGGCGGCCGGGAUCGCCUGCGAUGUCUGCACGGGGCGGAAGCAGCCGGCGGUGAAGUCCUGCCUCACCUGCACGGCGUCCUACUGCGAGGCGCACGUCCAGCCCCACCUGGAGACGCCGUGCUACUCGCACCACCAGCUCAUGGAGCCCCACGAGGCGCUGCGCGGCCGCACCUGCAGCACCCACAACCGCCUGCUGGAGGUGUACUGCCGCACCGACGAGCGGUGCAUCUGCGCCAUCUGCGUGCUGGAGGAGCACCGCACCCACAGGACGGUGUCCGUGCAGACGGAGAGGGCCAACAAGCAGAAACUCCUUGGAAAGACUGAGCUGGAGAUUCAAAGCAGGAUCAAGGAGAAGACGGUCAGACUGACUGAACUCAAAAGCAAAGUGGACUCUCUCAGGAACUUUGCCCAGGGUGAGGUGUCAGAGGUGGAGCAGAUCCUGGUGGAUAUGAGCCAGGCGGUGGAGAGGAUCCGUGGGGAGCUGGUGGGUGGAAUACAGGAGAAACAGGCCACCAUGGAGGCCAGGGGGCACGGGCUGAUCUCCCGGCUGGAGGGGGAGCUCGGGCAGCUGCAAACCCAGCGAGCCAAUCUUGAGAUGCAGGCGUCCUCUGAGGACCACAUCGGCUUCCUAAAGAGUUUCGAGGCGGCAAACAACCUCCUGCCCAUGGACCCAGAGGAACCGGAGCCGGACGGCCUGGAGCUGCACUUGCCCCUGGGAGAGGUGAAGAGGGCCCUGGCGGAGCUGAGGGAUCGGCUAGAGGAGAUCCACAUGGGGGAGAUCCGCUCUCAGCGCUCCGUGUCCUUGCCCGAGAGUGAGAGCAUGAUGAGUCUUCAGGGAAUGAGGAGGAGGGAGUGGUCACUGAGAGAUCUCAGAAGGAUACGCUCAGGAUCAGGAAUCAAGAAGCUUCGUGCCUAUGCAGAUGACAUCAAUUUGAACCCAGUGACUGCGUACCCCUUUCUGAUCCUGUCUGAUGACCGGAAGCAGGUAAAGAGAGGGGAGAAGCUGCAGUUCUACAGGAACAGCGCUCAGCGCUAUGAUGUCUGGUCCUGUGUGCUCGCCAAAGAAGGCUUCAGCUCCGGGAGACACUAUUGGGAGCUGCAGGUGGGGGAAAAUAAGGACUGGAAGGUAGGUGUUGUCCGGGAGUCUGCCCAGCGGAAAGGCCUGUUUGACAUGAGCCCCGCCAACGGCUACUUUGGAUUGUGGUGGGGGGGGUCCCAGCUGCGCGCCCUGACGGCGCCGCCCCUCGUCAAGAUCAAGAUCUCGAGCCGCCUGCGAAGGGUAGGGGUGUUCCUGGACUGCGAGGAGGGCCUGGUGGCCUUCUACAACGCCAAGACGGGCUCAGAGGUGUACUCAUUCAGCAUGGACGAAUUCGCAGAGAAGAUGAUGCCCUUCCUGGGGACCGGAGACAAGGAGGUCCCAUUGGUGCUCCUUUCAGCCCAGUACAGCAUCCCGGAGUGAGAGGGAGAUGACUGAAGGUGUGAGGGUCAGGGAGGGUGAGAGAACGAGCGUGUUCAUUUCAGGCCAGUACUGGGAGGGGAGUAUCGAGAGGCUGAAAUUAGAAGGGCACUGCAUCCAAUGUGUCUACUGUCAGCACCUUUUCUCACUCCAUCACGAGUAGGCUUUUUUUUUUUUUUUAGACUCACCGUUACAUAUACACUACAUAUACACCACCUUCACCUAAUUUUGUAAUGGAUGCAUGUUCUAAUGUCUGCACCUGCCUAACGUCUGUGGUAUUUUCCACCACGAAGCAGGGAGACAGAAAGGGGGGGGGGUACAAAUGUUACCGUUGAAUACACAGACGCCUGUCACCUGUAUAUGUCACUCCACACAAGAAUGUCUGCUGAGCAAAAAAUGUCAUGCAAGUCUCGACAAUGUAAACGUUCCAAUUUCACCUGUCACGUUUUUUUUAACUUUUAAAUAUCAAUGUGGUUUAAUUUUUGUACUCAAUUUGUCAUCUGUAAUUCCAGUUAAUUCCAGGUUUAAUCAGCCAAGGCUAAGCGGAAUCUCAGUGUGCUCAGGAAAUACGAUUAAGGUCUGACAGAUGUGUACUGCAGCGUAUCAGAUACGUUUUUGGG